UCCUGCUUUACUCAACGUGAUCUCUGUUUUGGGAGUACGUGCUGUGUACCAGGGUCUCAGAUAGGCUAAAUCGUAUAUUUUCCUGUAUAUCCCAGGAAGCUGCCCUAUACAGAAAUACAGUUGGGAUGCUUGUUUUUUUCUGAUAAUUUUAGCCUACCUGACGAAACGCAAAAGGACCGAGGGCUUAACAGUGCUUAGGAAGCACCCGCUGGAUUUCAGCGAUGGCAGCUAUGGUCUUACGUUAAAGAAUUAGCGGUGCUGGAGCCUGGGGUUCACACCAGCUGCGUGGGGACUUACAGUCUGAGUGUGCUUCCUAGAGAUCCAUUACCCCACAGGCUAGCUGAUUUGUUUUCAUCAUCGAUCUCACCUGACAUCUGGAUCUCUGCGUCGCGUCGCCUUUCUGCUGCGGCCGUGCGUUCCGGAGCCAAUCACGGCGCCGCCAAUGCGGAGCGGACCGUAGCGGCCAGACUCCCAUCGCCGCGCAGCUCCGCCGAGAGACGCCGGCCAACAGGCUCUGUGAUGCCAGCGCAUCUUCUCGGGGAGAAUAAAAGUUUUGUAGGAUUCGCAGCUGGAAAUACCCUGAACUGGCUCCAGGUGGAACAGAAAGAAAGUAGCGAGAGACUGAGCGCUCAGUGACGGCCGGGGACCGAGCAUGAUCUUCCUCGGAAUACUUCUGAACGUCUUCAUCACAGGCAGCUCCCUGGCCACCGCCUCGCUCCCCCUGCCCGUGGCGGACUGCCUCGAGGCGCAGCAGAGGUGCGUCACGGACCCCGAGUGCUUGCCCGCGUACCGGGUGCUGGAAUACUGUGCCGACGAGGAGGCCGUGUCCCCCCUGGCACCUGAGGCACGCCAUGAGUGCCUGGAGGCACAGGGCGCCCUGUUGCAGUACCGCCCCCUGCUGGCCUGUAAGUGCCAGCGUGGCGCGAGAAGAGAAGAGCAGUGCCUGAAGGUCUACUGGACAGUCAGGUUCUCAGAGGGUAAGGACGAGUAUCACGUCUCCCCGUAUGAAGACCUGCAGGUUGGGCUGCUGAGGCAUAUUGACGUGUCACACAUGGCCUCCAUAGUGGCAGCAUCCUCUCUCCCCCUGGAUGGGCAAAACCACUGCCUGAAGGCGGCGCAGGACUGCGGCCUGUACGAGAAAUGCGGCUCGCUGCGCUCCGAGUACGUUCUGGCCUGCACUAAGCGCGUGCCGGGCUCCGACCGCUGCAACCGGCAGAAGUGCCACCGGGCGCUGCGGCGCUUCCUGGAGCGUGUCCCCGAGGAGUACAGCUUCGGCGUGCUCUUCUGCCCCUGCGCCGACGCACUGUGCGGGGAGCGCCGCCGCAAGACCAUCGUGCCCUCCUGCUCCUAUGAAGAGCCCGACGGCAAGCCCAGCUGUCUCAGCCUGCAGGGAUACUGCCUGAGGGAUGAGCUCUGCAGGUCCCGACUGGCCGAUUUCCAGCAUAACUGCCAGGCCUCCUCGCAGUCGCCCUCUGGGUGCCUGAGUGAUAGCAGAGCUGUCUGCCUGAAAGCGUACGCUGGACUGAUAGGCACCAUCAUGACCCCCAACUACGUGAGCAACAGCAGCACAGAGGUGUCGCAGUGGUGCAGCUGCGAGGGCAGCGGCAACCGGUGGCAGGAGUGUCUGCGCGUGCUGCACAUGUUCGACGCCAACAGCUGCCUGCGCAACGCCAUCGGCGCUCUGGGAGGCUCGCCGCCCCGUCCAGUGGAGAGGACCUCGCCGCCACCCCCACGCCCCACCCCCAGGCCUGUCCCCACCAUCCAGCGUGACAUCAUCAUCGCCAACGCUCUACCUGACCUCAGCACUGUGGAAGAUAGUGAUGAGGAGGAGGGUGAGCAAGAUCACCAAGACUUCAACGUGAUCCCGCCGUACACGAAGGAGUCGAACGUGGGUUCCGGGGCUGGGGGGGUCCUUUGGGGUCCUUCCCCGCUGACUCUGCUGCUGGCUGGCGUAGCUCUGACCAGGGGGUGCCAGGGAUAG